CCAAACGGCACCAGCCCUUCCCACCACGCCAUGAGAAAAUUCGCCCGAGCAAGCGGCAGCUCAGCCGCUGCGUCAUCCGUGGCAACCAUGAACCACCUCGUGCUUCCCCAUAUAUACGUCACUCGCACACGCUUCCACACCUCGCCACCAGUAUAUACACCACCACGCGGCUCUCCGAGAGCAUAUGCAUUCGCUGCUCCCGGCGCUGCACAGCCGAGCCUCUCCUCCGCCGGCCGGCAGCUCCGGACCAAGCGGCCGGCACAGGUGGCUAGCUAGCUAGCUAGCUGCUAGCUCGGAUCGAUCGCCAUGGCCGCCGCCGGCCAUCCGCCGGGGUACCGCUUCUACCCGACGGAGGAGGAGCUGAUAUGCUUCUACCUGCGCAACAAGCUCGACAGCCUCCGCGACGACAUCGAGCGCGUCAUCCCCGUCGUCGACGUCUACUCCGCCGACCCCGGGCAGCUCCCAGGGAUCCACGCGAUGCUGCGCGGCGGCGCCGGGGAGGGGGAGCCGUGGUUCUUCUUCUGCCCGCGGCAGGAGCGGGAGGCGCGGGGCGGGCGGCCCAGCCGGACGACGCCGUCGGGGUACUGGAAGGCCGCGGGCACGCCCGGGGUCGUCUAUUCCUCCGCCGGCCGCCGCGCCAUCGGGAUGAAGAAGACCAUGGUGUUCUACCGCGGCCGCGCGCCGUCGGGGACCAAGACAAAUUGGAAAAUGAACGAGUACAGGGCGCUCCAGUACUACGACGACGCCGCCGGUGGCCCAACCGAUGGGUCCUCCUCCAGCACCCACACCCACGCCGCCGCACCUCCGAACGUUCCUCCGCCGCAGUUGAGGAGCGAGUUCAGCCUGUGUCGACUCUACACCCAAUCUGGAACCCUGAGGCAGUUUGACCGGCGGCCGCUCGGCGGCGCUGGGGCAGGCGCCCCCAGCGAGGAGCCAGGACCAUCCACGGCAGCCGCCGCGUCGCCGCCGGAUGAUGACGAUGGCUCCGGCAGCUCCACGCAACAGCAGCAGCUGCAGCUGGCGGAGAGAGGUGACCAUGAUCCAUACGGUGACGAUGUGGCCAUUUUGGAUGCCCUUUUAUACUGGCCUGGAGACUAGACGUAAUAAUAAUGCUCUGGACUACUCACUUCCUCAAAUUAAAAUUUUAAACAACAUGCUCCCAACCUGGAGCGUGGUUAUUAUGUCAGAUGAUUUGUAGCUAAUGGUUUGAUUUACCACUUACGUGCCAUUUUGGUGCAAGAACAAGGCCAAGAGCCGUGUAGAUUAGUAGAAACUAGAGAGUUCUGGUUUACCAUAUAUGCUUCAUAAUGCUUCGUACAAACCAUUUGUAAACACGUGAAGUUGUUGGCCGCAUGCAAUUUUCAGAGAGAUUCGAUUUGGCUCCAUCCAAAGUAAACAUAUUUUUAGACA